AUGGAUAACAUUGAGAUAAUAUGGGACGAUGAAAUUGCUGCGGAGUCUUUUCACAAUUUAAAAUCACUUCAGGUGCGAAGAUGCAAUAAGCUAGCGAACAUUGUUCCUUCUUGCAUUCUUGGACGGCUCAAGAGCCUGGAAAGUUUGGACAUACUAGCAUGUGGCUCGCUCAAAGUUGUUUUCAAACUUCAGCCAUUGAAUCCUCUAGAUAGACAUCCCAUUACUCGUUUGCCGAUAAAAAAGCUGGAGUUAUAUGGAUUACCAGAGCUCAAGUGUGUAUGGGAGAAGGAACUCCACAGUCAAGUCAAAUUCCAGUGUCUCCGUUUUGUUACCGUUUACGGAUGCAAGAACCUCGCCUUUCUAUUUCCAACCUCAAUAGCGCUAUAUUUAACCCAACUUGAGGAGUUGGAGAUCAAUGCAUGUGGUAUCGUGGAACUCAUUGAGAAGGAAGAAGGACUAGUUCCUAGGUUUGUGUUCCCAAAGUUAACCUCCCUCAAGCUUGAGCAUCUAAUAGAAUUGAAGUGCAUCUACACCGGAAAACAUGCUUCAUAUUGGCCAGCAUUGAAGACCCUAAAGGUGUGUGGCUGUGACAAAGUGGAGAUACUUGCAUCGCACCUUGAGAAUGAGAUGCCACUUCUUAAACAGCCUCUUUUCAUAGUAGAAAAGGGUGCAUUCUCAAAUCUACAAGAGUUAAAAUUGGAAUCAUCCAAAUGGAUGGAGAUAUGGAAUGGGAGUUUUCUUAAUGGAGAAUUCUUCUGCAAGCUUAGAGUUCUUGAGCUUUGUCGUAUCUCAAAGGAAUCUGCAAUGUCCGCAAGCAAAAUGAAAGCAUUGCAAGUGUGCGAUUGCGGGUCACUAGAAGAAAUAUCCAAUCUUGAAGGAAUGGAGGCUAUGAAUAACACUCAAGUGCUGCCUUAG